AUGUCGUUCAAAACUCGCGCUCGUUCAGAUUCCGGAUAUAGUGAAUCCGUUGAAAUUUACCUUAACUUCCAAUCUUCUCCAGUUGCUUGUGAUACAUCUUUCUCAAAUUAUCUCGGCCUUGAGUCACCAGCCUCUUAUCGAAAAUCGCGAAAAACCAAGUCGAAUGUAAUAAAAGAUUACAUACCAUUCUUCACGUCGUUUCCACUUGAAUAUGUUUUACCGCCUAAAAACGAUUAUUGCAAUAAUAAUUAUGCCGAUACUUUUGAAAGGACCAUGGAAAAUGGUAAAAGGGAACACGAUAAUACACCAAUUCCGAGUAAAUGUUUGAUUUCUAUGAGGAGAAAUAUUCAGAAUCUGCAAGAAACAACAUUUAAAAUGCGUGCUCUACGAGAAAAAAUAAAUCACCAAAAAUCACCGAUUUCCGAUGCUUCAAUGGGAAAUCUAAAGAAACGAUGUGACUCGAUCCGAGCAACAUUAACAACACCUACAUCUUCAAGAAACAAAAAGUGUUUAUCACUUUGA